AUGGCGCCUGGCAAGCAGCAGCCGCCUGGCACCAGGCUACGAGGGGCGGCCUUUUUGCUGGCGCUGCUGUGCACCCUGCUGCUGGUGGUAGUCGGCUGCGUGAUGGUCUCCCGGGCCGCCGUGCGCGGCUGCGGGGCCUGCCUCAGCUCGGGCGCCGCCGCCGGCGCCCCGCCCUGGGCGCCGCCCAUCGGCCGCGGGCCCGGCGGCCACGACCACGACGCGGCGCGUGCAGCGGCGGCAGCGGUGGCGGCGCCCAACAAGCAGGGCCAGCCGGCUGUCUUUGGGCACCCCCACGGCAUUCCCCGAAUCCUGCACCGCAUCUACAUUGCUGACCCAGCAGACAGGAAGCGGGCCAGCUUCACAGCCCCCAUCGCGCACGAGCGCUGGGUGGAGUCCUGCCAGUUCGCGCACAGCCGCCACGCGGGAUGGCGGCUGAUGUUUUGGGACUGGCGCAACACGGAGGCGCUGGUGCGCAACCAUUACCCCUGGUUCCUGCCCUUCUACCGCCACAACGCCAGCCGCGCGAUUGAGAAGAGCGACCUGGCACGCUAUGCCAUCCUGCACCGCGUGGGAGGGCUGUACCUCGACUCUGACAUCCAGUGCUGGCGGGACGGCAGCGACAUGCUGGAGGGCUUCGACCUGGUGGCGCAGUCCACCCACGGCGCAGAGGGGGCCACCAACGCCGCCAUUGCGGCGGUGCCGGGCCUGCAGGUGUUUGUCAAGGCGCUGCAGCUGGUGCAGACGCGGGUGGGCAAGGACAACCAGCAGCUAAACGUCAUCGCCCGCACCGGCCCAGACCUGUUCACCGACGCUCUGGUGGAGAUAGGGCUGAAGCGCGGGAAGGAUGGGCUGUUCCCGCCUAGCUCUUAUGUGAAAGGCGUGGUGUACCGCCUUCACCGCUCCGGUACCUGGUACAACCCCUGCCUGUGGUGGGAGCAGGAGUGCCGGCAGCGCGUGUAUCGGGAGCUGGCGUCCGGGAUGACCAACAUGAGCCAGCUGGCGGGCUUUCACAGGAUGGUGGGCAGCUGGAUCGCAGGCAAGGAGGACGGCAUCGGCAUCCUCAACACCACAGCCGAGCUGUGUGGAGGUGUGUCCCACGUGAGGGGCAACGGCCAGAUCGGCGGCUGGGUGGCCCCGCAGCGGAAAGGCAGGCAGGGCUCGAAUCCGCUCGGCGGCGGCGGCCCCAACCAGCAGCAAGGCUAG